CUCUAUUUUGGCUUCAGGGAAAACCAGACGAUUCCAUUCAGAAAUCCACAGUCAAGCUUUGUGUGAGAAGAGCAUAGACGACAACCCUGAAAGAACGUUUGCAACAGCGUGGAGUGAAACAUAACUUAUUUUCAACAUUGCAAAGGAAUUAAAUCUUCGCAAAUAAAGAACAGACAGACGAACGAGCGUCUCCUGCUGCUACCGUCAGCCCCUCCUCCCCCUCCACCCCUCCAAGACCAACUUCAGUCCCGAGGGCGUGAAGAUAUUCAGGCAACAUGGAUGGAUUUUAUGACCAGCAAGUCCCUUUCAUGGCCCCCUCCAGGCAGAAUUGUCACGUGGAAGAACCAGCGAACACGCCAUUUAACGACCGGAAGAGAAAGUUUGUUGACACUGAGCUCGCCCAGGACACAGAAGAUCUCUUUCAGGACCUCAUGCAACUUCAAGAGACAUGGAUUGCAGAAGCUCAGGUGCCUGAUGACGAACAGUUUGUCCCAGAUUUCCAGUCGGAUAACCUAAUGUUCCAUGGACCUCCAGCCAAUAAAGUGAAGCGAGAGUCCAGCGCCUCCAGAGAUCUGUCCCCCUGCAGUCAGGAACAACAGAGACUCUACACAGACAAGUGCCUUUACAGCUACAGUGCCUACAACAGGAAGCCACUUGGCAUCAAUACUUUAACCCCACCCUCCACACCCGCCUCACCUUGCAGCCCCGCCCCCACCCCGGGGACACACCCCCUACAGAGGCAGAUCACGUCCCCUGUCCAGGCAACACACCCCGGCCACAGUCGUCCAACUCACGGGCACAGCCCCUCCCACCACCGGACACUCCCGCCACACCCGAGCCAAAGCCAGCCUUUCGCCGUGCCCCGCCUACCUGUCAAUCACUCCGAUGCCUCCUACAGCUCAGAACACAGGUUCCAGCGGCAGCUCUCUGAGCCAUGUCUGCCUUUCCCUCCGCCUGAUGGUGCCGCCUGUACCCCUUACCCUCCUCAGCCCCAUCACCCCCACCGGGCCCCCCUGUCCCGGGACGGCCGCCCCAUCUACCAGCGGCACCUGUCAGAGCCCUUGGUCCUCCUCCCUGCUCAGGGCUUCAAGCAAGAGCUGGUGGACCUCCGUUACACCGAGCAGGGGGUCCCCACCAUGGGCCCUCCCCGCACCCCGUUCCAGGGCCUCUCUAUAAAGCAGGAGCCCCGGGAUUUCUGCUUUGACCAAGAAAUGCAGAACUGCCAGUCUUCUUUCAGGAAGUCCGGUAACUUCUACCAAAACAGUGAUGGGUUGAUCUACGACGGAGAGCCUCAUCUGUACAACGACGACACAUGCGUGGUUCCAGAGAGACUAGAAGGCAAGAUCAAGCAGGAGGCCGGAGUGUUCCGGGACGGACCGCCCUACCAGCGCCGAGGUUCCCUGCAGCUCUGGCAGUUCCUGGUCACUCUGCUGGACGACCCGGCCAAUGGUCACUUCAUCUCCUGGACCGGCCGCGGCAUGGAGUUCAAACUCAUCGAGCCCGAAGAGGUGGCUCGGCGCUGGGGCCUCCAGAAGAACCGUCCUGCCAUGAACUACGACAAGCUGAGCCGCUCUCUACGCUACUACUACGAGAAGGGCAUCAUGCAGAAGGUAAAGGUGGCUGGAGAGAGGUACGUGUACAAGUUUACGUGUGACCCCGAGGCGCUCUUCUCCAUGGCCUUCCCUGACAACCAGAGGCCCAGCCUGAAGCAGGACCCGGACUGCCUGCCGCCGUCUGCGGGGGAGGACGACACCACCGUGCCCCUGGCCCACUACGAGGAUGGCUGUGGCCCCUACCUGGCCGACGGAGGGGAGCGGUGCGUCUCCUUACUGGGCUUCCCCGAUAACUAUUCAUUCUGAAUGUUCUGACCAAUGACGGAAUAAAGACAGCUGUCAUCUGGUACCCUGCCACACCCCUACCCUACCCCAAACUCUGGUCCCCUAGCUACACACCACUACCCUACCCCUUGUCCCCUAACUGUACACUCCAACCCCACAUCCCAAAACUACACACCACUACCCUACCCCACAUCCCAUAACUACACACCCAGAGCCCAAACCCUAGUCCCCUAACUACACACCCAGAGCCCAAACUGCUGAGCGGAUUUGGAGCUCUGUAACCCCCCUCCCCUACUCCUAUCCCAAACUCAGCUCCUCUUGCCAGUCUUGAGAUUACCCUCCCCAAGUCCCAAGGAAAAAACAGUCAACCCUGAGACGGCCAUCUUGCUUAUUCUUUGCCCUCUGUUAUCAAACUGAAUUGUGGCGAAAGGUGUGUGGUCCUCAUCAACAUAAACUGAACUGAGUGAUCUCCCUUACGGGGGUUGAGCGAGGACACUGUUCACGUGAUUUAUAAUGGGACUCAAGUAAUGGGCACGAGUGUGCCAGGAUUGUAGCCAAUAGCCAUGCAGUUUCCACAAUCUGCUCGGUACGAGUAUGACAAGUAAUGGCAAGGAUAUAAAACAUUGAUAAAGCAAUCGUUUUAUGGCUUGAUCCCAAACAAAAAGAGUAGUACACUUGACACGCGCACAGGGGCUUCACCUUGGAGAGAAUCUACGAACCUUAGUACCGCAGGUGGUGAUGUAAUGUAGCUCUGUAUGCAAUGAAUGGGCCAAACACACAGGCAACCAACCGACUGUUCUUAUUAAUCCAUAAUACAUCGUACGACUAUAAAGAAGCUGGGACGCGAGUACCCCGGAGCAAGUUGCUUUGGCCAUUCAUUAAAAACAACAACACACUGAAAUCCAAUCUGAAAUGGGAGAGGUGGACUCCGGACUCGCUAGCUCAGCAUUCUCUUCAGACUCUGGGGAUUUAUUUUUUCUCUUACCCAAAAAUGUAAAGCCUUCCCGGUGCUGUUUUACUCCUGAUGUUGGCGUGUCCUCUACCAGAUGUAUCUUUCCACCGCAUUUAACCAUGGCAGCUCUUUACUCCUGAUGUUGGCGUGUCCUCUACCAGAUGUAUCUUUCCACCGCAUUUAACCAUGGCAUCUCUUUACUCCUGAUGUUGGCGUGUCCUCUACCAGAUGUAUCUUUCCACCGCAUUUAACCAUGGCAUCUCUUUACUCCUGAUGUUGGCGUGUCCUACCAGAUGUAUCUUUCCAAUAUGUUUUUUAGCUCUUUCAUUUGACUCAUUUUGUCGUAACAUGUAAAAGGGACGCGCAUACAAAACAGUAUUUUUCCUGAAGUGUUGACUUCCUAUUAAGAAGUGUGUAUUGAAAAAUACAUGUUUAUGUACUAUGACGAUGACAAAAGUACUGCAACUGUCACGCAGUCCCUUCUCCAAAAACUGUAACUGCCAAUAGUAAGCUAAACAGGGGGGGGCUCUACUCGCAUUUUCUCACAGAAAGCUGUACCAACCUAUUGCUGUACCAUUCAAGUUUUCUGCUUUUCGUAUAGUUUAUCGGGGAGUAUAUGAAACAAACAUCUAAAAUGUAAAUGUAUAUAUGAAUAUAUUUUUGCAAAGUCAUAUGUUUUGACAUUGUACACGCUGGAAUGUUUGGCCUGGUAACGGGUUUGCAUCCUUUAAUUCUUGUCAUGAAGUUACGGCGUCCACAUUAGGACAUAUCCCCAGUCUCUGCAGGGGUUGUCUGUCAAGUCCUGCAAAGACUGAGGCUGUCCUAAUGUGGACACCGUAUUGAGGCAGUGGGUUGGAGCCUAGAAAGACCUCCCCGUUGACUGUGUGGUGGGCUGUGUCGGCGUCACACGUGUGUAACAGUAUAUUUUGAUAUGAUUCUGUCUAUAUGUGGGUUGCGGGGUAUCUUGUCCACGACGUUGAAGUUUGCUGGCACUUAUACAAGUGACAACCCCCCCACCCCCUUCCCCACAAAAACAAUGUGUGCCUUCCACUGCUUUUGGUUGAUUUUCUAUACUGGAUACAAUAAACUAUACUUUCUGCUUCAAA